AGACUGUGCCAGGCCGGCAUAUCGGCAGCUCAAUCAUGGGUUUUCAAUGGCAGAUCGGGUCCUGCUGACUGACUAGCACCCACAUGCAUUGGCAGACGCGAAUCCCUUGACACCUUGCAACCAUGCUGCAACCCAAUUGUAAGACUAAUGUAGCCCUAGAGCUUCCUCAGGGUCCAGCUGGAGUCUGAGACGGGACAGCUCCCAUUCAUAAGCGUGGCCAUCCCGCUCGUCAAUGUCAUCACUCUGUCCUUGCCAGCAAUCUUGUCUUCAUUCUCCUCUGUCGGCGAUAGGCAAUACCGUCGAGCCAUUACCUACACCUCAUCAUGUCUGGCGAUGAUAAACCACUACCCCGCGCACCAAUGCCGCGACGGCCAUCAUCCUUUGCACCAGAUGAAGUAGGCCCAGCCGACUACGAGGCGUCACCAGGAGAUGCGCCUCCACGAUAUUCCGAACAGGCUGCCGCCGCCGAGCGCAUUCUCAACGACGCAGCGGGGGCAACUGCGGACGGACGUAUCGACAUCAACCUCGACUCGAAGCUUUGCAGAACUCUCUCGAUUCUCGUCCCUCGGAGAGAGUCGGUCCAGCCGAGGACCGACCGGCCCAUCAGCGAACUCCCUCCUGCCUACACUGAGCAGGUCGAUUGGGGGAUUCGAUUGAAUAUCGUUAUCCAGGUCGUCGGCAGUCGAGGCGACGUACAGCCCUUCAUCGCCCUCGGCAACGAACUUCAGCGCCACGGCCACAGAGUUCGCCUCGCCACCCAUGACACCUUUGCCGACUUCGUACGGAAAUCUGGCUUGGAGUUCUACCCUAUCGGUGGAGAUCCGACAGAGCUCAUGGCCUACAUGGUCAAGAACCCCGGACUGAUGCCUUCUAUGAAGAGCCUGCGGGCUGGCGAUAUCCAAAAGAAGCGAACCAUGAUCGCUGAGAUGCUGGAAGGCUGCUGGAGGUCGUGUAUCGAACCGGACCCUCUGACGCAGCAGCCUUUCGUCGCUGAUGCGAUUAUUGCGAACCCGCCGAGCUUCGCUCAUGUCCAUUGCGCUCAAGCUCUCGGCGUGCCGCUGCACCUCAUGUUCACCAUGCCGUGGAGCAGCACGAAAGACUUUUGCCACCCACUGGCCAACAUCAACGUCAACAAUAGCAGCAUAUCACCAGCUGUUGCCAACCAGAUCUCAUACAUGGCGGUCGAGUGGAUGACUUGGCAGGGACUUGGCGACGUCAUUAAUGCGUGGAGGCAGACCCUGGACCUGGAGGAUGUUCCCUUCUCUGAAGGCGCUGGCCUGCUUGAAGCUCUGCAAAUUCCAUUCACGUAUUGCUGGUCCCCGGCCCUGAUUCCCAAGCCCCUAGACUGGCCGAACUACAUUGAUGUGUGUGGCUUCUUCUUCCGAGACGCUCCGCAUUACACUCCUGAGCCGGAACUUGACCAGUUUCUACGCAGUGGACCUGCGCCUGUUUACAUUGGCUUUGGCAGCAUUGUCAUUGACGACCCCGACAGACUGACGGCGAUAUUGGUGGAGGCCGUCAAGCAGACCGGUGUGCGUGCCAUCAUCUCGAGGGGUUGGAGCAAGCUCGGCGCCAACCAGCCCGCCGAUAGCGACAUAUUCUACCUCGGCGACUGUCCUCACGAGUGGCUGUUCCAGCAUGUCACAGCCGUGGUGCACCACGGUGGAGCUGGUACCACGGCGUGCGGUUUGCUCAACGGGAAGCCAACGGCUAUCGUGCCGUUUUUCGGCGAUCAACCCUUUUGGGGCACCAUGGUCAACGCCGCUGGCGCGGGGCCGAUGCCCAUCCCGCAAAGACAGCUCAACGCUCAAAACCUCGCCAGCGCUAUCAAUGAUUGCUUGACGCCCGGCGCGCAGGCGGCUGCCCAGGUCAUGGCCGACAAGAUGCGCCAGGAGAACGGCGUGCGACAAGCCUUCGCCGCUGCUUGGUCCUACAAGAAAGACGCGAAGUAUAUGAAACUCUCCAAAGCCGCCGCGGAGAUCCUGACCGACAGCAAGAGGAUCAAGUGGGCUGAUCUCACACGCCGUCACGUCAUCAGCAAUCAAAAUGUAUGCCGGCAUGGCGACUCGGCGGCAGACAUCGUCGUCAAGCCCGUACAGGCGUUCACCUCGGACCGACCCGGCAGCAAGCGAUCGAGCAGAGAGUCGAGUCCGCACCCUGCGGACGAUCCGUACGGCAGACCUGCUGGCCUUGAUGUGCCUACAAACAACGCCGAAGGCAAGAAGCCAGAAAGGAGUCGUGCCGAGGCUGCACUUGCUGGCUCAGCCGGUGGUGUUGGCGGCUUCUUCAAGUCCUUUACGAAGGGCAUCUAUCUCGACAUACCGCACGCACUCGAGGAGGGUAUGCGCGUAGCGCCACGUCUGUACGGCGGCGAAGUCUAUGACCCAGGCGCCGUGACGGACUGGAAGUCAGGCGGCAUCGCGGCGGGCAAGAACUUCAGUCACGGCAUCGUCGAGGGCAUUGGCGGCCUCGUCAUGUCACCUGUGCGAGGUGCGAAGAAGGAGGGCGCCGUGGGUGCUGCCAAGGGCGUGGGUAUUGGCGUGUUGAACCUAGGGACCAAGGUGUCGUCGGGCGCGUUAGGUCUGCUCACAUUUACGAGUCAGGGUGCGUACAAGAGUGUGCGGGCGUCGAUGAGGAGGGAUACCAGGAGGACGAUCAAGCAAGCGAGGCAGACGGAGGGUGAAGCUAUCAUGCGGGAGGGCAAGCAGGUUCCUGACGCGGGAGCCGUGCUUAGGGCCUUUGAGCGACUCGCACUGCAGGCUCCGGGGGCGAAGGGGAAGCAUUGGACAGAUAUUAUGGCACCGAAAUGA